GCUGACUGGCUCGCGGACCGAGUACUCCAUUCCACCAUGAUUAGCUAGGUACGGUGGCCAUGUGAUCGAUCUAACACGGCACUUCCGAUGUGGCGACGACUAUUGAUGCCGCGACCCCCGCGAUCGAACUGCUCAUACUACACUUUGUCUGCUCGAUGGAUCGCCUAUAAGUACACAGGCAGUCUCGUCCCUUUCCACCAUCAAAACACGAGCAUACACCUAUACAAGGUUUUGUUGGUACACACACUACACGAGCUGAGAUGGCAGCUGCUGCACUUGUCGCCCUCCUCGCCGUGCUUGUCGUCAUGCAUUCCGGCGCAAGCGGCGCGCAAGCGGCGAUGAACCGCACCUCCGCUGUCCGCCAACUCCGCUCCAGCGGCGGCGGCGGCGGCUGGCAGGCGGCCAAGGCCACCUGGUACGGCGCGCCCAACGGUGCCGGCCCCAACGACAACGGCGGCGCGUGCGGGUUCAAGAACACCAACCAGUAUCCGUUCAUGUCCAUGACGUCGUGCGGCAACCAGCCCCUGUUCCAGGACGGCAAGGGCUGCGGCGCAUGCUACCAGAUACGGUGCACCGCCAAGAACAACCCUGCCUGCUCCGGCGAGGUGAGGACGGUGAUGAUCACGGACAUGAACUACUACCCGGUGGCCAGGUACCACUUCGACCUGAGCGGCACGGCGUUCGGGUCCAUGGCGAGGCCCGGCAUGAACGACAGGCUCCGGCACGCGGGCAUCAUCGACAUGCAGUUCCGGAGGGUGGCCUGCGACCACCGGGGGCUGACCGUGAACUUCCACGUCGAGGCGGGCUCCAACCGCAACUACCUGGCGGUGCUGGUCGAGUACGCCAACAAGGCCGGCACCGUGGUGCAGAUGGAAGUCAUGGAGUCCGGCUCCGGCGGCCAAUGGAUGCUGAUGCGCCGCUCCUGGGGAUCCGUCUGGCGCCUCGACUCCUACCGCCCGCUCAGGGGCCCCUUCUCGAUGCGCAUCCGCAGCGAGUCCGGCAGCACGCUGGUGGCUUACAAUGUCAUCCCGGCGAACUGGAGGCCCAACACCGACUACCGCUCCUACGUCCAGUUCACUUAACCGCAUAUUAUUAUUAAUCAUACACUGGUAUAAGUAUAACCAUAUAUAAAGGUGGUGCUACACUUAGAGUACUAUUGUGUGAUCAUUGCAAAUUAUUUUUGUAAUAGGUUCGGCAGUUUCGUCUUGUUACUGUGUGGUCUAUCACACACGGAUUCAAAGACAAAACCGAAUACCCACUAUACAUAAAAACGGAUCGAGAAUCACAUGUACAACAACGUGAUGUAGUGAAUUAAUAUAUCAAAACACAAUGUUUUAUUUAUAAUGAAAUAGAGUAUUUAUUACACA